UGGCUGAAGAUCUGCUGUAAGGUUAGCUAAGAGUUUCCCAGAGUUUAGUUGCGAAACUGCAUCUGACUCACAGCCAAAACUCUGAGCAAUUAAAGAGGCACGCAGCAGCUCAGAGCACAGACAGCAGCAGCUGAAUCUCCAGACCCUGCAGAGGCUGCACUCCGACUCCUCCACCUUCACUGCCUUCAUCGUCUCCGGCGUCUGAAGAUUUUCCAUCAGGAUGGACAGCAGAAUCGUGAUGGUGUGUUUACUUUUGACCGUCUUCCCUCUGACCGAAGGUCUGGGUGUGGACCCACGGUGCCGCUGCAGUGGAACCGAGAGCAAACGGAUCGGCAGACUGAUAGAGAGCGUGGAACUCUUCCCCCCGAAUCUCCACUGCAAAGAGACAGAGAUCAUAGCGACGCUAAAGAACACCGGUAAGGAGAUCUGUCUGGACACCACAGCUCCAUGGGUCAAGAAGGUCAUCGAGAAGAUCAUGGCCAGCCGGUCACCCUGAGGUCAGACUCUCGACUCGUCCACCAUCUUUAUCUGACAUUCUAGAUGAGCUUUUCUGGGCCUGUCCUGGAAAACUGGAGUCUUUCUUGGUGGGCGUCCACGGAAUCUGCUUUAAGAUGUUGGUGCCAAAAUUGCUCUGAUUUAUCUUGGUGGUCUUGAUGCUGAUCUUUUCUUCUUGACUUCUCCAUUCUGCCAGCACUGGGGUCAUUUUUGUCUUCUUACCACACCCUACAGCCCAGCGUGGAACUCCUUCUGCUUUUUGAUUCUGCUUUCAUUAUAACAUACUAUAGAACUACUGUAUCAGCUGUACUUACUUUAUUGCUGAUUAGGAUGCUCUCGAACAUGGUAGAAAUGACCAGGACCAUUUGGAAUUGUAUACAGUUUACAUAUGCAUAUCACUGAUGCCGGACAAAAACCUUGUAUCUCCAUUUUUGUCCUUUUUCACUUUUUGACAUAUUUUGAGAAGGCCUCCUGUCCCUCUUUACAUUGUGUGUGAAUUUCAUGAUGAAUGGACCAGAAUAAAUGACCAAAACAUACUUGGAAAAAAGUCGGGUUCCAUUGGCUUACAUUAAAAAUCAAGUACUUUUUUCCUUCUCCUGUAAAGUUACCAGAUUGGAGACACAAGGUUCUGUUCUGACAACAGUGAUUUGCUUAUGAAUGGCCCAUUGUCACGGAUUCCCCAUUGUCCCUCUGUGUGUGUUUCUUCCCCUCUAUGGUAGCCAUGUGCCUUUGUUUUCUUGUGCCAUGUGCUGCUGUUGUUGUUCUGUGUCUCCUCCCUGGUCCUGCCCCCUUGUUAUCUGCUCCACCUGCCUGUGCUCCGCCCCUCAUUAGUUCCAGGUGUUUCUCAUUUUCCCUCAGUGCAUUUAGACCCCUGUGUUUGCUCAUGUUCUUUCUGUUGAUUGUGUUUGGGUUUUUUGGGCCAUCAUGGACUGGUCUGUUCUACCACCCUCUACGACACCCUCAGUUCCUGGACUCUGUUCAAUCUGAUUUGAAUAAAAGCAACUCACGCUUGCA